CUCUAUUUCAUCCUUCACAACUUUCUAGCUCCCACAAAUCUCUGGCAAAAGAUAAAAACACACCCAAGUUUAAACUGGCCCUUGUCCAUAUAGCUUAUUAAUUAUCAUAUCCUCAUCCUAUAUCAUCUUCAAAUUGUGGUUCUUGACUUUGUACAAAAACGGUGGCGAGAAAAAUACAUAACUAUGGGGAAGAUCUUGAAAUCUAAGUCUUCUUGGCCGGUAACCGUUGUUAGGAAGUGGCUAAACUUACGUAGCAACGCUUACGAAUUUCAUUCCGAUUACCCAGUCAAAGGGAAGAUGGAGCCGACUCAGCCGAGGAGGAAAAGUUGCUCCGACGGUGAUUACUACAAGAUCGUGCCGGAAAAGUUUCCAGGUUGGCUGGGCCAAGAAAAUGGGGAUUUCAAACAAUCAACUGAUGAAGAUCAUAUGAAACGUGUUGAUGACCUCAAAAUGUUCGUCGGCACAUGGAACGUGGGAGGGAAGUCGCCACAUGAUGGAUUAAUGGUGAAAGAUUGGCUUAAAACUUCCACCGAUGCCGAUAUUUACGUGCUAGGGUUUCAAGAAAUCGUGCCGCUAAAUGCUGGUAACGUACUUGGAGCAGAGGACAACGGCCCCGCGACUAAGUGGUUGUCUCUGAUUCGAGAAGCCUUGAACAACAACAACGACUUAUCACAAAAUGACCUCGAAGUUUCUAAAAAUCACAGAACCUCCUUCGAACUUACAAAAUCAUCACAACCUUCCCGUCGUAGCAUCUCUAACUUCCCCGAUGAUAACCUAGUGGCAUGCAAUUCGACCCUUGAUCGAGGAUACUCCCUUGCAGCCAGUAAACAGAUGGUGGGGAUCUUUUUGUGUGUGUGGGUAAGAGAUGAUCUCCAGAAACGUAUUACAAACCUUAAGGUGUCGAGCGUUGGUCGUGGCAUCAUGGGAUAUCUUGGAAACAAGGGCUCGAUAUCGAUUAGCAUGUCGUUGCAUGAGACGAGUCUAUGCUUUGUUUGUACGCAUCUUACGUCCGGAGAAAGAGAAGGCGACGAGGUCAGAAGGAACUUAGAUGUAACCGAGAUAUUAAAGAGGACAAGAUUUUCGCGUUCUUCUAAAGAUUCUCACCAACCCGAAACGAUAAUGGACCAUGAUAAAGUAAUAUGGCUUGGAGAUUUAAAUUAUCGGUUAAGGGCCAGUAGCGACGUACAUGACCACCUUAAGAAUCAUGACUGGGAGGCACUUCUAGAGAAAGAUCAGCUAAAGAUAGAACAAAGAGCUGGUAGAGUUUUUCAAGGAUGGGAAGAAGGGAAGAUUUAUUUCGCACCAACAUAUAAAUAUCACAUAAACUCAGAUAAUUAUGUCGCCCAAACCGAAAAAUCAAAAGAAAAGCGCAGAACACCAGCUUGGUGUGACCGAAUAUUGUGGAAAGGUGACGGGAUGAAACAGAUUUGGUAUACUAGAGGAGAGUCGAGAUUCUCGGACCACAGACCGGUUCAAUCUCUAUUUUCGGUUCACAUUGAUUCAACUCAAAAUCAAUCAAACCGGAAAACUAAACCGAACAACCAAAACCAUCGUCCCAACCCGGUGUUGCCUUACACAUGCCACGGGAAAGUCCAGGCUGAAGAGAUCUUGUUGCUCACACGAGCACAAAGUUGUAUAGACACACAACCUAGACUUAUAUCGUCUGCUUCCUGAUUUAUUAGUUACUUUUUGGAUGUUUUCAUGUUGGCAAAGAAGAGAUGACACAUGGAUUCCUAGGAUUGGACAAUGGAGCUUUCAUAUUGGCAAAAGCAGGAUUGUUAAAUGUUUUUUAAUACUGGGUUAACUUUGUUUUCUUGGUUCCCUAUAUUAGCUAAAUUUUGGAAGAAAUGGUAGUUUUUUUGUUUUUACAAUUGUGGAGUUUGAG